ACUUCUGGACGUUGGUUUAAGAUGGCCUUGCUGAGGCAUGUAUGUGGAAGAUAGAAAGGUGUAGAUCAUCCAGACUCCUGAGAAAUCUGGCAGGUUUGGGAUAUGAUCUACCAAGCAAGAGGUGCCAUUGAAGCUAACAAUGAAGAGAAUUUAAUGUGGAUGGACUGAACAGCUUCUGUGUGUUCCUUCCAACUCAGCUGUUUCUGAUGCCUGGAAGCUAUUCUUUCAGCCACAAAGAUGGUAAUAAAUCUUUGCCUCCCACAGUUCAGACCAAGAAUUCACUGCAAUAAGGUGUCAGCUGAUGGUUAUGAAGUAGAAAAUCUCAUCUCUGAAGACCUCAUAAAGAGAAGCCAUGGCUUUAGGACAGAGUAUUUCAUUAGACCACCAGUCUAUGUGACAGUUUCCUUUCCCUUUAAUGUGGAAAUCUGUAGGAUUAACAUAGAUCUCACAGCUGGGGGAUGUCAGAAUGUCACUGGCCUGGAAUUAUACACAUCUGCCUUAUCUAGCAGAGCCUCUCGGGAUUCACAUGAGUGCUGGACUACAGACAUGAUGGAGCUAUCUGUCCCAGACAAGGAGGCAUUCACCUUGGUAGGCAAAGUCUUACUGAAAAACCAGAACCACGUGGUGUUCAACCACAGGGGCUUCAAGGCCAGGCCACCUUUUAGCCCAAUGGAAGUCACACUCCUCUCUCCUGCUGUUGUAGCCCAGGAACUCUGGAAUAAAGGGGCUCUUUCCCUUAGCCACGUGGCCCACCUCAAGAUCGGAAUCACCCAUGUGACAGGCAGUGGCGUCUCUUGCAUAAAGCGUUUAGAGGUGUGGGGUCAGCCAGCCAAGACCUGCUCUCAGGAGGUGAUAAAUAGUGUCUUGUUGAUAGCAUCAGAAAGCAUGCCUAAGGACUUGGGUCUGCACACUCCAGUCUUGCCCAUGGAGAGUGACUGUGACCCUGGGGGUCAAUCUGAGGGCCAGCAGGCUCCCUGUGUCUUACAGGAGAUGUCUGAGAUGGUUAAUGAUGUGCCAGAGGAGUUCCUAGAUCCUAUCACCCUGGAGAUCAUGCCAUGCCCCAUGCUGCUUCCCUCAGGAAAGGUCAUUGACCAGAGCACUCUGGAGAAGUGUAACCUCAGUGAAGCUACUUGGGGCCGAGUGCCCAGUGAUCCUUUCACAGGAUUAGCCUUUACCCCACAGUCCCAGCCCCUACCUCAUCCUUCCCUGAAGGCCCGGAUCGACCGUUUCCUCCUCCAGCAUUCUGUUUCUGGCUGCCACCUGCUUGGGAGAACACAAACUACAUCAGCAAUGACCCCUUCUAUCAUUACCCUGCCCUCAAGGAAAAGGAAGCCAGAGCAGGCUGAACGCAGCUCAGACUACAGCCUUGGCAUGGAUGUUUCUUCCUCUGCUACCAGCCCUCUGUUCUCACCCACUACCUCAGAGCCCACUGCCAAGAAGAUGAAAGCCCCCAGUGAGCCCGCCCUGACAGAUAUGGACUGUUCAGCAGGUCCAGUGUCCCAUGAGCAGAAGCUGUCGCAAAGUUUAGAAAUUGCCUUGACUUCUACCCUUGGCUCCAUGCCUUGCUUCACUGCCCGGCUCUCCAGGGGGCAGCUCCAGCCACUGGGCACAAGAGGGAGCGGUGCUGCCAGGAGACCGGCAUCCAGCUACGAGCACCCCAGGAGUGUUUGUGGUCCAGAGUGUGCCUCCUGCAAAAGAGCAUUUUCUUCCUACUCCACAAAAGAGCCUGUGUACCAGCUGCCCUGUGGCCACCUUCUGUGCCGACCCUGCUUGAGUGUGAAGCAGCGUUCCCAGCCCAUGAUGUGCACAGCCUGCCAGCAGCCAGUCACCAGCCAGGAUGUGUUUCGGGUCCACUUUUAAGUAACGCCACCUCAACCGGAGAAGCCCCAUUUUGGGGGAGACCUGCAGGUGGAGGAAGCAAGACUAGAACCCCAGUGCCCUGCUCUCUCCUGGGUUUUAGCUCCUCCUGGUGUGUUACGGGGCUGGGCAGGACACCCCACUCCUGCCUAAGCAACAACAGGAUAAUAAAGCCAUAGGCUGGCUAGGGAAGACAUUCCUAUUCUCCCUGGCCUGCCUUGCCACCCUCCACCCAGAGCCAGCUAGAGUGUUCAGAAGCACUCCCCUGAUGCCCCCAUGUUACCUGCACACAACCUUUUAUUUCAUUUUGUUUUGAUUUUUCGAGACAGGGUUUCUGUGUGUAA